ACUUUCUUCUUCUUAUAGGACCGCCUCCGAUAUAUUUAACGCAAAAUGAGCUCCACUUACUUCCUAGCUUAAGAUAGAGUUAUACUCUAUUCCAUCUCUAGUAGACCAGGGGCAAGAUGAAGGCUCAACUAGAAACGAACGCACCAACGGGGGGGAGCCCGCCCAACGGGAUUAAGGAAAUGUCGGAAAUGUCGGAAAUGUGGAUCGCGGCAGAAAAGGCGUUUGAGACCAUAUGCCACCAGUCGCUGCAGAGAGGCGACGUGAAGGGGUUUGAUGAUGUGCAGAGGAUGAUUGAGGAAGCUACUACACCAUCAUACAGCAUCGAUGCAGAGCAAAAGGAUAAGUGGGAGAAGGCGAAGAGCGUGGGACUCGAGUCACUCAAGUACCUGAAGAUGCUUGUCGGGGCUGCUUCCCUUGCUGCUUCGACUAUCCCUAUCCCUGAAUCGGUAGCUAACAUCACUAGCCACGCGCUCUACUUCGUGUUUAACAUUCCCGAGGCCAUCAAAGGGUACAACGACGCCAUCGGGCAGGUCUUUGGUGAAGUGUCUUCAGCACUCUCCCAGUUCCAUAUCUACACGUCAAUAGAAAAUGUCGACCCUAGGCCUGUCAAGAAGAUCCAUCUCGUUAUGAUCAGCUUCGUUAAGCUCUGCGCCCACGUUGUCAAGUACCGCCAGGGUAGUAGGCGGAACCGCCUCCUGCAGCAAGUUAAGUCUAUCUUUGAUGACGACUCAGGCCUACGCGACGAGAUGGCUGUGUUUAAGCAGGCGCAAAAGCAGCAGCGCAUUGUUGAGGGGACCGUUACUCUCGCUGUGGUGGUUGAGUCGCAUCGCAAUAUUUCGAGGGUCCUCGAGGAUCUCAUUGUCUUCAGGAAGGUGAAUGAGGAGAUGCACCAGGUGGCGCAGGAGACGCAGAAAGGCGUACAAUCCCUCAAUGCCGAUGCCAUUCGCAUCAAGACGCUCAUUAAGAUUCGCGACACACUCGGCGUGCCGGAAAAGGUGCGCCUCGACUCUAACACCACGCAGACGUGCACCAACAUCUCCAACAAGUGGGUUAAGGACACAGGGUCCUGGAUCUGGGAGCACCCUGCCUACACUGCUUGGACAACACCUAACAAGGACAAGGAUAUCUCUUCGCACAUUCUCCUUCUGUCGGGGGCCCAGUCCUCAGGCAAGACCACAGCUAGCGCUCUCAUCACGAAGCGCCUCGAGGAGCAAAAGGGACGCAUAUACGUAGCGCACUACUUCUUUCCUGCUAGCAUUAAGAAGUCAGAUGAUGAUAAUAGUCCUGUGCAGUCGGCUCUGAAGUAUAUGGCGUUCCAGAUAUCACGCGUCGACGUCACUGUUCAAAAAGAGCUUGGGAAAGCGUGCGAAGCUGGGCCUGGCGCGUUCCGCCGCUCGGCAAGUCUUGAGAGUCUAGACACGCUGUGGGAGGAGCUGAAGAUUGGGUCGCUCGGGUCAGGCGCCGUGUACUAUCUCGUGUUCGACGGGCUUGAGAACCUGCGCGACGAGCAAGCUAAGGAGCUGCUAACGUUUGUCUUUGGCCCUAAGAUAGCUGGGGAUUCGUCUAGGCGGGUACGCGUGCUUCUGAGCGGGACAAAUGAACUGUUCGACACUAAGACGAACGUUGUCGAGAGCAGAAGUCCACUGCGAAUUAAUAUGGAGGAGCAUAACGGGUCGGAUAUGCGCAUCAUGAUCGAAAAUGCGCUUGCCAAAGAGGGCGUGCUUCAGCACACGAAGCCCGACUCGGACCAGCAAAGGGCGCGGGACAAGAUCAUCGAGAAGCUGCCGCAGAACGUCAGCGGAAGCUAUUCUCUGCUACAGUUUGGGCUGAACGACGUGAUCCGCCUGCUAAGCACACGGACUGCGGUCGAAGACCUAGACCACAUGCUAGACCACUCGAUGAGUAGCCAUGAAGCGGCCAUCAAGAAACUUCAGCGGUCUCUAACGCUGGACGAGAUCCGCGAGCUGAACGAGCUACUAAAGUGGGUGCUUUUUAGCAACGAGACCUUGACGUUGGACAAUCUCGAGGCUGCUAUGUUCUUAUCCUCUGACACAGAGUCCCUAGCGUCCCUGCAAUAUAUUAUUACGAACAAGUACUCAGCUAUUCUAAAGCUCGAGGAUGACUUCGUAUAUGGCCAAGACGGCGUCCAGGCCUAUCUUCAUAAGGAAAAGGAUACCUCUAGCAAGUUCAAGGACAGCGCUACCAUUAGCAUGACCAUUACCAUUAACAACGUGGACCAGGAACUCUGCGGGCAUUUUCUAUGGGACCUUGCGCACAAGGCGAUUAGGGAGAAGUUCAAUUUUAAUUUCGAUGCCGCCUCGGCUCUGCAUAGUAGCAGCCAAGCGGUCAUCGCGGUAGACGAGUUCGAGGCAAACCACACCAUUGUCAAGCUCGCGUUCAAGUACCUAGAAAAGGGGUAUAGGAAACAGACUAAGGAUAUCGGAAGGUACCUCGUUUGCUGGCUGCCGUACCACCUAAAUCAGCUGCGCUGUCUCGAGGACAAGGACAUGGGGACGCUAACACCGAAUGAGAAGUUAGAUAUAGGUCGGGACCUGUAUAAGCUGUUCAAGGACGAUCAGGUUAUUCGGCGCCACAGGGCCAAUUUCGAACCAGUGUGGUGGGAGGUGGAGGAGAUGGAGGACGUGCAGAAGUGGUUGACAGACUCAGCUGUUGUCAGAAGGCUAGACAAGACGUGGCUAGAUGAGGUGCAUACUGCUACUAGGCCGACAAGGGGCUUUUUGAAGGAGCUCGUGAAAGUUGUCGUCGAGGGGUUCUUGAGGGAGAGAGAAUGGGAGGUUGCGAGCGCUUAUUAUUGGAUCGAAAGGUUCAUAGAUCUAGACCAUAAGAGGAACCAGGAAACACCAACACCCCCUAUAUCGGACGCCGCUAGCUCGCCUGGCUCCGCCACUAACUAUAUCAACUGGGACAGCAUAAGCAUCUGGUGUCAGAGCUUCCUAGGGCUUCAGGACACUGAGCUUAACUCACUCUGGUACGAGCGUCUCGCCGAGGCCGCAGCAACACAGCAGAGCAAGGCCGACACCGUUCUGUUACUCUACCAGCGCGCUAUCGAAAAGGAAAACCCCAGCUGGCUGUGCCACCGCGGCUUGGGAAUGACGCACUUCGGUCAGAACCAGACACAGAAGGCCAUCAAGCACAUGGAGUUAGCGCUAAAAGAGGCAGAGGAAGAGAGUGCUACACCUAAGCCGGCAGCGAAGGAUGUCGACGAGUUGCAUUUGCUCUUAGGGCAGUAUAACUACGAGGCGGGCAAUGCGGAGAUUGCGACAACGCACUAUUCGGUUGUGGGCGAGAGUGAGGACCUAGCGCAGGCGAAGAAGGGACAGCUAGGCUAUCUAAAGGCCGUAUUAAAGUUCCAGGAUGCGGAAGGAAUGCGGGAGUUGCUAAAGACUACACUAGCCACGGAAGAUGGAAAAGGGAGGAUGGUUAGCAUUCUGAAAAUGAUUGCUCGAGACGCCGACCAUGAUUUUCUCAUCUCAAAAAUGUUCACUGUAGCGAAGGGGCAUCUAGACCUCCUUAAAGGAAUUGUCUGUACCAUGGAGACAGCGACGGCGAUUCCAGCGUCGAAGGGGGACCGCAUCGGCGAGAUGGCCCAGUACGACCGCUUCGAUGAGGACGAGGCCCGCGGGGUGCUCCUCUGCGACCAAGGCUUCGCGGCGUACACGUACGGGGAAUCACUCAGCGGCAUUAAGGCCGUCGGCGACGCGCUGCAGUUGUGGAGAUUGAGCCGCAACCUGCUCUCUCAACUAGGUGGGCGCAACGCUUUUAUCGCGGAGAAACACGCUACCAGAGCGCUGGCGCAACACUAUUUUCAGAGCAUGGUAGAGGGGAAGCAUCUGGGUCACAUCGACGCGCUGACCGAGCUGGCUGAGGCCAAAUCUGGCAACUUCAGUAACGCGGUCGGGUUCCUAGGGGCGCUGUAUGCGCUGCGUGACGAGAAGGCGCAGGCUAGAGAGGUGUUCAUGCAGCGGAUCAGAGUAGCAUUACAGAUCCUCUCGGACGAUAUACCCGAGAACGAUGGAGACGGGUUCUGGGUUAUAUUCAAUACGCUGAAUCAGUACCAGGAUUUUAAGAAUGCGGCUGUUGCCCUGUCUAUACUCGGCCAGCCAGAUCUCGUGACUGAAGCACUGUACUUCGAAGCCGAAGACAUUGUUAGAGACGACGGCAUGAAUAGGGAACGGGUGUUAGAAUUAGUUACUAAUAUGGCUAAGGAAACAAUCCAAGCUGCCAAGAUCCAGUUCCCAGACGUUUCGCAACAGCUUCAACGCAUUAACGCCGCUAGAGAGUACGUCGACAAUCUCGCAGCUGUCGCAGAGACUGGAUCCACACCCGAUGCUGACGGCGGCCACGGCGAGGAGCUCCAAAACGAACAAGGCGAACAGACAGGCCAAGACGGCGAGACCACAUUAGCGCACAGCCUCCUUUAUAACAAGCUAUUCAAUCUGCAGCAGGAGUACACACUAAAGGUCGACCCUAACUCGUUCCCCGUGACUUUGACUUGUGACGGCCGCACCCCAGAUGGCAAGCACUGCGAUAUAGUGGUUGACUUUAAACAUGAGUAUUACCACUGCAUGUACUGCACGAACCUAGGCUUUUGCCGGGAAUGUCUCAAACGCGUGCGAUCUCCUGACUCCGGCGCGGACAUUAUGGUGUGCAGCGCAAAGCACCAGUGGUUGAUCAUCCCGCCGCAGGGAACGGACAUGUAUGUUGGGCUAAGGGCGAAGAGUGUGCGGGUGCCGAAGGAGGUGCGGGCCGUGGAGGAUGACGAGAGAGUAUGGGAGAUUUGUUAUGGCGAGGAUGGCGAUGGCGAGGAUAUCACUGUAGAGGCGUGGAAGGAGGCAUUAGCUGCAGACUGGGGUAUAUCGCUUCAGGAGAUUAGGGAGGAGACGUCUAGGCAGGCUACGCCUGACGAAGGCGAGGAGGAAAGCAAGCAGGAAGACAAACAGGAAGACAAACAGGAAGACAAACAGGAAGAUGAAUAGGAAGAUGCAUAGGAAGAUGAGUAGGAAGAUGAGUAGGAAGGAGGUGAGAUUCUUAAGCAGGUUACACCCUUCAGAGGCGAGCUGGUCUGAAGAGAAGGAGCACGAGAAAUAAAUAUUAAGAAGAGAGCAACAUUUCCCCAAAAAUCUUUAUAUAGCUUAUCAACGACGAUGACGAGAUUCAUAAGUAAUCCAAGUUAGGAUAGAGGCCUAAAUUCGCAAGUGCUUUAGUUGAUCACGG